AUCCUUGAGUAGAGUCAGAGUUAAUCGGACCUGAACCCUCUGUUCCUGAUUCUGAGAUUCGUUUUCAGGCAGCUGAGCAGCCAUGGUGAAGCUGGGCAGUAAUUUGUCUGAUAAGAUGGAGAAGCAGCCAUCUGCAGAUGAUGGCUUUGAUAACAUCCCGCUCAUCACACCCCUGGAGGUCAGCCAGCUCCGGCAGCCAUUCGCUGAUAAGGUCAUUGUGAAGACAAAGACACAGUAUCAGCUGCAGCAGCAGCAGAAGAACAAGCUGUAUGUUCCUAAAAUCAAGAAGCUGAAUAUCAACUUCUACAGUGACGUCUCAGACAGAGUCAAGAUUACAGGUCUGAUCCUCAUCACCUUGGCCUUCUUGACCAGCCUGCUCUUCCUGCUCAUGUACAAAGCCAUGUGGUACAACCAGCUCACCUGCCCAGAGGGCUUUGUCCUGAAGCAGAAGCACUGCACCCCUGCAGCUCUGGAGAUAUUUUACACAGAUCAGCAGCAGCAGGAGCAGCAGGCGGGGGAACCGGGCCUACACAGCAGCACCAACACUGGGUUCUACGCCUCUCUCAACCAUGUUAAGAGGACUGGGCCCCAGCUCCAGUCGUCAUGGUUACCAAUCAUCAGCACACUGAAGGAGGCUGAGGAGGCUAAGGAAGGUGGCGAGACACUAAAUGGAGGGCCGGGGGGGCGAGAGUGA